AUGUCACAACCCAGACCGCCACCACCCGGCAACAUCCUCCCAGGAGGAGCCCCCGCCCUCAUACCGCCACAGCUCGUCGCGCCCUUCCAGGCGGCAUGGGAGAGGCACGCCCAGCAGGCCCAUGACUCGGCCCACCGGCACCCAGUCUUCUUCACGGAGAGGCUCAUGCGGCCGCCGCCGGCUUUCGGCAUCGGACAGGCACCGAGCUUGGCGAUGAGCCCGGUGGCGCAGGGGGCGGUCGAGGGGCUCAUCACGUUCUAA